CCAGAGGACAAAAAAUGUUUGCCGAAGAAGUUGAAAUUUCAUAAUAACAUCACCAGAUCCAUAUAAGCUAACGAGUUUAAAUAUUAGAUAGAUAAAUAAGCAAAUAGAAUUCUACCGCAUGAUCAGUAUUCUAAGUCAAGUUUGACAUUUAUUUUGCGGCAGAAAAAAAAAACGAGUAAUGGAUCUCAUUGACUCAUUGACAGACAGCGUAGACAUCACCUUGGCUAGAAGGAAGAAAAGUAUGGAAAUUUCUAAACGAGAGAAAAUGCUGGAGUCCUACGGGUCAACGUUGAAAGAGGAAAAAGAAGAAGAUGGGAUACAGUAUACAGUUUUCCAGAUGACCAGAAGCUUGAGUUGCGCUAACCGGGAGCUGACAUCGGUUCCAGGGUUCAUAGGAGAGCAUUACGGGGACUGGUUGGUACGUUUGGAUUUGAGCUUCAACAAUAUCCUCUCAAUCAACGGAAUCACCCAAUGCAAAACUCUUGAGGAGUUGAUUCUCAAUUGUAACGAUAUUUCAGACGAAGGUUUCUGCUUCUCCUCCCAAAUGCCGAACUUGGUUAAUUUAGUGCUUAACAACAACAGUUUGAAGGAUAUAGGGCACUUUCUCAAGCAGUGUCAGAAUAGUUUGCCCAAUAUUUCGAUCCUGAGUCUCCAUGGAAAUCCUAUUUGUCAAGACUCGCUGUUGGCUAAAUGCGCAGACGACGAAGAAGAUUAUGAGCGUUAUAGAAUAACUGUUCUUCAUAGUUUGCCGACAUUGACUUUUUUGGACUCAAGAUGCGUCUCGGCCAAUGAAAAAGAAGAAGCUGCCAAAAGGGGAGAUUUUCUGACUCGGGUUGCAAAGCCGAAAAUAGUCGAGACUUCGGGUGAAAAACAAUCGAAAAGUAAAUCCGCAGCUCUGGAUUUCAAACCUCUGCCCGAGACCAGGACUCAUCAGAACAUGAAAGCGCAGAAAGCAAGUGCGGCUCGCGAGAAGUAUCACUACAAGGGCAACCAUUCGGAGGGAAACCGAUUUAUUACCGAUGGGCAAUUGUGAUUUUGGUAAACGUAAACUAAACAAAACAUUUCUUAUCUCGUAUAAAUUAGAACUAACUAAUGAGCAAGAUAACUGUGAAAAACGUA